CGAAACUGAUCUUUGGUGAAGGUAAAAUAAAAACUAUGUCAAAAUCUUUUGACGGGCAAGCUGAUAAUGAUACACCAUCGAACAGAUUUAAUUUGCGACCAGUUUCAAAAAUUAAUCAACCCGAAUUCAAACGACACUCUAUAGCUGUGGAUGAAACGAAGUAUAUAACUAACAAGAAUAAAGAUAGUUAUGAGUUGUCGUCUUCAGCUAUAAACGAAAAUUCUAACUUCAGAUUGAGCAGCAACAGUUCAACAUUCGUUUCUCCGUAUGCAUCCAAGUUGAAACCCUCUGAUAACGGUCUCAAUAAGGGAGACUCAUCUGGUGACAACGACUCAAACGAUAAAAAACAGAAAAAAGUUGAGUUUUGUAAAACGGAGGUACAUUUCGCAGCUGAGCCGGGGAGGUUCAAUAUAGUUGAAACCGAUGGAAAACCUCCAAGCAACAUGAAUUUCCGUAGGAGACGAAAAACCAUUUCAGAAUCCACUCCUAGAAACACCUCCAACCUGCCAGAGAUUCGUUUCGGUGACUUGCAGUAUGAGAAGGCCCUUCUCACCAACAAACCUGACAACAUGAAUGAAGAAUUUAUCAUCAAAACAGUACAGAAAGAGGAUAAUUUGGCCUCUACUACUGUUCCAAAAGACGAAGUUAUCACAAUUCUACCAGAAACUAUUCACUCGGUAUCAUCGAAGAUUGAUGGAAACGGCGAAAAAUUCCACAGUAGUAGUUUAUUGGAUGCUGAAUGUGAACCAAUUUAUGACGAGAAAACAUUGGAUAUGAACGUGGAUAAUUAUGUGAAGCCGAGAAGUAUAUUGAAAAGUAAUGCCACUUUGAAUGAAAACAAAGAUGGUCAAUAUUAUGUUGCUGUAGUUAGUGAUGAUAAACACACUUCUAAUCAUGGAAUUGUCAGAUUGAACGCUGAUGGUGAUGACAUUCUUAAUAAAACAAGUACAUUUUUGGAUCAGAAAGGUUUUGUUAAAAGUAAUGAUAUUCAAGUUUCCAGGGCCCACAAAUCUUCAUCGAAAACAACAAUCACUUCGGAUUUGAAAUCUCGGUCGGACUGUGAGGAUCAGGUAGAGACAGAAUUACAGAAACUGCUGAAAUCCCUACGUCCAACUCCGAGACGUAGUCUUUUCUCAACCGAUGACGAACUCAGUGACAGUUGCUCGAAUUAUCCACAAACCCCAAGAUACAGGAACUCUAUGAGUGAUCAGAACUCUUCAAUGGCAGCUGAUAACGGUCUCGCUGUACACAUUUCUUCCAAACCCACUUGGAGUAGCAGAUCACCGAGUACUGCAGAAAACAGUCAUAAGAUUGAAGAGUACAAGUCGAAAGGGUUCUCUACCAGAGUGAAUUUCGGAUCUGAGGAGACAAUGGUUGUCAAUUCUGAAUCAGUCAAGAAGGGGUUGCCGAAGGAACAGAUGUCUUCUCCAUACUCUACUGAAGUGAGCAGCAGAAUAUUCUCUCAGCCUUCAAUUUCAUCUGAUAAUAACGUGGGUGUCCAACAAGAUGGCAAUGCUGUUAGCACCACAACACAUAUUAGAUUUAAUGCUGCACCAGACUUAAACCAUAGGCUCACUACUAACAAACAUAACAACGAGGUCACCGUCACUUCAACGAGCCACUCGCCGUUGCUUGUCACCUCGUCGAGUGACAACGAGAACAUGUCAUCUGCCUCGUUGGUCCUCAAAAUGCUUCUCAACCGAGCUGCUCAGUCGAGAACGAGACAAAUCAGCACUCAAAAAAGUGAUAAACAAGGAAUUGAAACAGAGGUGACGCAGAGAAACAGAAGUGCUCAAAGUUACAUUGAAGAUAGUGUCACUUUCAAGAAGCCUAGUACACCACAGUUCUAUACCGCUCAUACAUCAGUGUCAUCAAUCAAUCCUGGUAUCAAGGAUGAUAGUUACAAUGAAAAGGAUAAAUCGUCACCUAGUACAGAUCAGAGGAUGAUGAAGAUGAUCAGUUCACAGCAUAACCAGCAUUUGGAUCUCAUCAAGGAGAUGGACAAAUAUAAUGGGACCAUUCCAGAAGUGAGAAGAGAAGAGAUAGGGAAUAGAAAUUUGGAUAUGGAUGAGAGAGAGGAAAGAUUGUCGAGGGUCUCGAAUGACAGUAUUCUGGAGGCUUUGGAAAACCUGAGCAAACAGAUUGAGAACGAUAUUAUCGAGAUCCCAAAAAUAAAAGAUGUGAAAAAGGAAGUUAAACUAAAAAAUUCCUCUGUUUUUAAAGUGAUAGAAGAUUCUGGAGAGACCAGGAUGAAGCGGUUCCUGAGGAGGAGGACGGAUAGCAACUUGAGUCAGAGUCAGUUAAGUGAUGACACACUGCAGGCGGACGAGGAAGUGAAGUCGUACAUGAGUGCAGUCAAUGAUGUGAGGAAGAUAAGUGAUUCGAGUGAUAGUGAUGACGCAGCCAGUAAAACGAAAAACUGUGAUAGACUAACAAACUUUAAUCGUAGAAACCGUCGAGUAGUCAAAAAUAGAACCAAAGAACCAUGCACCAGUCAGAUCGCUCAAGGUAUAAUUUCUCAACCGAAAAAUAAACUACCAGAUGACAUUCCGAAAGGACAAAGUACUGCAAAGUUUUACAGCGACUCCACCAACGAGAAAUCGCACAGUGACAGCACUAAAUCGGUGGAAACACUUGUCAGCACCAGAUCUGGUCAUCCACGAAUCACCUCGAUCUCACUCAGAUACAACGACAACCACGAGACGAACGGAGCAGUCUUCGAGACACCUUCAUCAGCCAAUAAGAAGUACUCGAGAAGCUCCAUCUGCAUCGAGCCGUGUGACUCGGGCUCAUCCACUACGGACAUCUCGUCCUCGUGGAAGUGGAGCAAAGGAAGCAAGCAGAGUGUGAGAGCUUCUGCGCAGAAUGUGUCACUCAGUAACAUCUACUCAAAUGCUACCAGGACUAUUGAACCUGUUUCGUCCAGGGAAGAUAUCACAGCUCUUCCAGACGACGACUCAGCUGCAGCGUUGGGUUACUCGAAAACCAAGCCAACACGAAUUGUCACCGAAGACUAUCAACGAAAACAAGUGAUCAAAUCAGCCAGCGACCAAUGUGUGCUUCUCUCAGGCGGAAAACCACAGUUCGGUAAAGUGACAGCAGUUGUGCCUCCCACAGUCGCCUACUCCAGCUCUGUGGUGUUGAACUACCAACCAUCACCGACUCAAGUCACCGAUAACAUCACCACACAACAUCGCUCCUAUCAAGCUUCAACAAGUACCAAUGCUAGACGAGGUAGUAAAUCGGAAGGGGUUGAGAAGAGCAAGGUGGUUUCCGAACAGAGAAACGUGGGGAACUAUCGGAAAAAUGUGAGUGUUUCUACUAGUGGUAGAAGGGAUAGUUGGUUGAAUGUACCGAAAGAUGUUUCCACUAGUCAAGUGGAACAGACAAGGCAGAGUAGGGAAGUCAAGGUUGAAAAACAGAGGAAAAAAUCUAGUACAGCUGUUGUUGAUGUUAGAAAGAAAAAGAAAACUGAUGGAGGGUUGGUGGAGGAUUGUUCCGAUGAUUUGAUGAGGAGAGGUAGAGAGUCACCAAUCUAUGCAAACAGCAAUGUGUUUGCCCAUGAUUACACAGCGCCAACUAGUUCAGACAGGGCAGAAACUGAGUCGUUCAUUCUAGAGGAACUGACAAAGGCUGCAGAUGAGAUUCUGAGGGCGGUAAAUGGUUACACAGAUGACGAUUCCUCGUUCAGAGGGAGCAGUGAUGAUGAACCCGGCAAGCGUUACGGGAGAGAGCGGAAAUUCAGCUCCUCCAAACCUUUGGGAACGAUCUCGGAAACACCCACGAGGGUCAAGUCUCAGGUAGUGGAGACUAAAGUCCGGUCAACAGCUGUGAAGAGUCGCCUCUGCAAGACUUCGUCGAAUUCGUCUGUGGAGGGGGGCGGUUCGUCAGCUGAUUCAAAGCCGCUGAUGGAGAAGCCGAGUAAGCGGAGGAAUGUGAGACUGUUGCAGCGUGCUAGUAGCAGGGAAAUGCUGAUGAAAAGUCGUGGAGCAGCGAGUUCUUCGGAGGACGUGCAGUCUGGAAGCGAACAGGCGGCUCCGCCCCCGCGGGUCAGCCGGAUGAAGACCAGUCGACACACCUCGCAGCAUCAGAAGAGCACUAUUGCCAGCCAGUCGAGAACUAAGGAAAGAGUUCAGAAGACAGUGAGUAGUGGAGAUGUGAGUGGUGUGAAGGCACAGUCAACAGUUGCCUCAGCCGCUUCAAGCCGCGCCAGACAUGAUGCCAGAAAGAGGACCACCACCAAAAGCACAACCAGUAGUGCCAGUGCCACAGCGAGCGCUAGACGUCUAGCAGUGGGCGGUAGACAAAGCCCCGAGGGCGCCGAACAAGCGGUCAAGAAGGAAGCGGCCGGCGGCGAGUCGCGGUUGUCGCAACCGCGCGACGAACCGCAACCGCGUGCGCGACCAGUGACCGCAAACCGCGCGGCGGCGGCGGCACGCACCGCAAACCGCAGCAGCACCGCCGCAGCUGUGUAUGUACCACGCACCACCAGUAGACCGCACUACCGCAACCAUGCUAGGCGAAAACGCAGACGCGGCACUGCGGCCAGGUCGCAACAUUGGCCGCAGUGUCCGUGCGUCUGACUGUGACCGACCGCGCGGAGUAAAAAGAAGCCACUCAGCUCAACUAGCCAACCAGGAGAGCUGAUCAAGAAGACAUAAAAUUGAAAAUUUACUCCGAAUCAUUCCAUUAUCAUCAUGACUCUCCAGACUGACUGUGGAUCUCAACUUUAUGUUCACUGCGCAUGACAAUAAAUUAUUUCUAAUUACUUUGUAAAUAAUUAGAAUUAGUUAUGUGUUGUCCAUGGAUUUUGUCUCAUAUAUUAUGUAACGUAAAUAUACAGCAAUAUUAUAUCGAUAGUUCGUUCAGCAUAGUAACUUGCAAAUCUUGAAUUGGAACUCCAGUAUUCCCUCGUUUUGACUUUUUGUUUAAAAGUUCUACAAUGAUAAUACAUCAUGAGAUAACGAUUGUUGUACUUGAAUGAAAAUGAAAAGUGUGCAAUAUCAACUUACUGCUAGAAAAAAAUGAAAGUUGACGGUAUUGUGAAACAGUUUAUUAUUACCAAUUUUUAAAUUUAUUUAACCAUAGUUUAUAAUUUAUUAUAAUAUUUCGUACUUUACUGUAAAAUUACCAUGACUUGCACAGAUAUUGAAAAAUAAUAACCCAUGAUUUAUUCCACCAACAUGAUAAAAUUUAUUGAGCUUACAUUCACACAGUAGCCUAAUGACUAAGUGCAUAGUAGGAAUAGUAUUGAUAAACCUUCCAUUGUUCUAAAAAACUGGAAAUACACUAUUUCCAUAUUGAGUAAAGAACUGAUUGAAAUAAUAGUAUACAAAAUAAAGUUCGCUUUUUCAUUGGUGCUCAAUACGUAUAUUUAAAUUAUGUAUAUUAAUUACCGCAAAGUGUGUUUCGAAACUUGAAAGCUUCUCCACAAUAACAAGAAAUUUUAUUACUUUUUGCUCGUAAGGAGUGAAUGAAGAUAUUAUUUAAGAUUAAUCCUUUCAAAAUCCUUCUAGAAAAAAAAUCCUUCCAAAUUCGAAAAUGUAGGCUUCAAAUGCCAAUUAUUAUUAAUAAUGUAAAUUUUUAUAUAUUUUAGUUUUAAAAAUUAAUACUUCUUUUGUAAAUUGCAAGUAAUAAAAGUUCCUAUAUUAAUAUUUUUGUAAGAAUCGUUUUUUAAUUCGUAACAUUCACUUCAAAUUCCAAGAUCACUUAAUUCAUAGGAUCUUCUAUUUCUGUCAAAUGCAAUAUUGAAAUUAAAUUUUUAGAGGUAAGUUUAUAUACAUAAUUAAACAGAAAUAAAUAUAAUCUUAUAAUACUACUAACAACUCAAUAUCAUUACAAAUUUAUUUGGAAUUAAUAUUUGUUAAUGAAAUAAUAGUUUAUAAUUAAAAUCAGAGUACUUUGUCGUAGUCUAAUUAAUUACUAUGAUUAUCUAUUUAACUCUUAUUUUAUCUCAAUAUAAAGAUUAUAAUUCACUAUUUGCAGCUUAUACCAGAACUGUUAAUUUGUAAAAUUGAUUAAGUGAUUUUUUAUAAUACUUAUGUAAUUCUAUAACAAUGCCAACUUGUGUACUGAUUGCAACUAGAUUGUAAUAAUAAAGCAAUAUCUGUAAUUGA